AUGGAGGUGGCACUGCAUUGCUAUUUGCUGCUUGGUGCGAGUAUUCCAGAGUCGCUGCGGGGUGAUUCGGAGGUUUCGCAGCUGUUUAGCGACAUCUCGGACGGUAAUUCGUACAAAGUGGUCAAUCGGUUGAUCACCGAUGAUGGGGCGGACCUGGCGAGUGGAGCUAUUGAGGCUUCCGGGACACAGUCAUCCUCGGAAUCCCUGAUGGCUAGGCUCAACUUGCACCUGAAAACGAAGUUCCCGGAACACACGGCAAACAGGACGCUACUGCUGACUAUUGCCCUCUUGCAGACGUUUAUCCAGAACAACUACACGGGGCCUGCUGUUCCAGUAGCCUUGUUGGAAAGGUUGUACUCGAAAUGCGACUUGGGAAGUGUGCGCGGCCAGUUCGUGCAAAGUCUAACGGUCCACGGACAAUCCGCAUACGAACUGAUGGACAAUCCGGAAUGCCUUGUCAUCGCGCUGUUAUUGCUCGAGCAAUUAACGCGGCAGCCGAGCCUGCUCUUCGAGGUUCAAGCGCACGAGAAUAGCCCGCUCCCAGUCAUCUCUAAAUCGGAGACGCCGGCCCUUGUAGCCGUUGCACACUGGUGGAGGGCAAGGGCUUUACUCGCUCACAUAUCCGUUCUUCCAGAGCCCUCUGGACACCAACCGAAUGUUGCAGCAGCGAUACUGGAGUCGAUCGAUAUUGUGCACGCUAUCGUCAAAGAUCUGGAUGCAGAGUUCGUAACAGACGAGUUUAAGAAGAAACUGUACACCAUUUACUACUUGGAGAAUGUCAAGUGCUCCCUUGCGAUUCAAACGGAACACCUUUGCCUACCGUCACUGAUCAAAGCUAAAAAAUUAACUGGGUUGCAAUUCGUCCUCACAGGUGCUCGCGCCAAGAGAACGAAAUUCCAACAAGCUACACACUCUGGGUUGAUCAUUCUUGCCAAAUCGGCAUUGACCAAUGACACUGAGCAAACGGCAAAUGAGGACACUUUCACCCAGGAAACCUUUAGCUUAAACUCGGACGUUCUUUUGGAAAAACCUCAGUUUGAAUCAAUUGGGUCAGAACCACUUGAUGAACAAAUCUUUAAAAAACAGAAACUAGACUUAAAUACCACUCUAGAAGAGGAUAAAUUACUCUGUGUGGCUCAACUGCAAGAAAACAUCCCCGCAGAAUUAAAAGAUUUGGAUCCAAACGAACAACCUGAACUGUUCGCAUACGAUACGAUACAGCUCCUAUUGAGACUGUACACUAUUAGACAAACCACACCAGCAAAGGAUGCGCUCGUUGAGGAGGAGUUGGGUGCGUUGAUUGCAAGAAUCAUAUAUCAAAGCGGCGGGUUCAAGAAGGAGAACUGGACUAUUACCUCGAGAGCAUUCUGGGAAAGGUCGAUUUUGGAAAUUAACAAGGCGAAAACAGUCGAGAGAGGUCUCCUGCAGAUGCAAGCUCUAGUAGAGGAAUUGGAUUUGAAGAUCAAAACAAGAAUGCUCCCUCAAGUAAGCACGGAUAACGAUGUUGGCGCGAUAGUACGCUUAAAGUUUAUCCACCAGCUGCCUUUCAUUGCGAGAUGGGAGCUUGACGCGACGUUGGCCGAGAAGUACAUGUCAUUGGGGGUGUUGAAAUCUGCAGUUGAAAUAUACGAGAGGUUACAUAUGUGGUGCGAAGCUGCACUUUGCUAUGCUGCUGUUGGAGAGGAAAAGACUGCAGAAUCUAUUCUGUUGAAAAGAAUAGAGGAGAACGAUAAAGACGCGAGGGCGCUAUCUAUCCUUGGUGACAUUAGGCGUGAUCCUGAACUCUGGGAAAGGAGUUGGCAGAUUGGGAAGUACGUCAAUGCGAAGAACUCUCUUGCAAGAUACUAUUACAACCCUCCUCAAGAGUCAGGCUUGAAGAGAGAUUACGAUCUUGUUUUGAAGCACCUGAACGACUCAUUGAGACAGUACUCUUUGAAUUUCGAGACUUGGUAUUUUUAUGGGUGCGUAGCCCUUGAGUGUGAGAGGAUGAAGGUCGCCGCGGAGGCAUUUUCUCGAUGUGUCUCCCUGGACGAUACCCAUGCAAUGGCCUGGUCAAACCUGAGUGCUGCGUACGUACAACUGGGAAAGUUGAAGGAGGCCUUCAGUUGUUUGAAAAAGGCUGUAACUUCUGAUUCUCAAAGGAAUUGGAGAAUAUGGGAGAACUACUUACUCGUUUCAUUUAGACUUCGGGAAUGGGACGAUACCUUAGUAGCCUGUAAGCAUCUGAUCACAUUGAAGAGAGACUCCUUCGAAGAUGGGUCGAUCGACUUACCGGUCAUCAAGGAGCUUGUCGAGAUCCUGGUCACCUCAGAUUACCCGCGUGGUGACAACGUAGACGAGUCCCAACUAUCGUACUUCCAACGCAAUUGCAUCGAGUUCACGUGUGUCACGAUGCCCAGUGUGAUAACUAACAAUGCCAGCGCCUGGAGGCUCGUGGCGCGCGUCGAGCUUUGGAGAAGGAGGCCAUGGGCUGCCCUAGAAUGCCACGAGAGAGCGUACAGGGCCGUUUCCCAGAACCCGGACAUCGAGGUGAAGGAAACCGCAUGGGACGACGCUGUUGAUGCGUGUGACGAUUUGGUGGCCGCUUACGAAUCCCUUGGCGAGAUGGAGGGGAAGUAUGGCUCCGGAAGCGUGGUUUGCAAAGAUUGGAAGUAUAAGGCACGGAGCGCCGUCAAAGCCCUAAUGUCCAAGGGCAAAGGUAGAUGGGACGGCUCCGAUGGCUGGGACAGACUUUUGGAACUAAGGAAGCAGAUAUAA